AUGGCCACCAGCCAGGUUCUGCCUUUCGAGCCCUGCUAUAAGGGUGCCUACUUCUCGGGGCUCCCCAUGGAUGAGUGCCAGGACUCUGCUGUCCCCAGCCUGCUGCUCCCCGUGGCCACAGCGCCUGGCAGGGAUGUUCCUCGGAAGAUUCGCAGCACGCCCGAGUGGACCCUCAUCCUGGAACUGGAGGGGACUCUGGUCUGCUCCUCCAUGCUCCCUGGCUGGCAGCAGGGUGCUGUGGCCACCUUCACCACGGCCUUCCAGGGAGAGUCCUACAAGGUCCAUGUGAAGGUGCGUCCCCAUGUGCAGCAGUUCCUGGAGAACUUUUCCAAGACCUAUGAGAUUUUCAUCUUCACAACUGCAAAAAAGGACUAUGCUGAGAAGGUCUUGGAUGUGCUGGACCCCAAGAGGAAGCUGAUCAGGCACUGCCUGUCCCAGCGGGAUUGUCUCUGCGCCCACGGCUGCUACUGGAAGGACCUGACCCGCCUGGGCAGGGACCUGGCCAAGACGGUGGCUCUGGACCACAGCCUCCAGGGCUUCCCCGAGCAGGCUGCCAACUGGAUCCUGGUGCCGAGGUGGUGCGGGGACUCGCGGGAUGACGAACUGCUGCGUCUCACCCCGCUGCUGGGACAGCUCGGCCGGGCGGUGAGGACCCAGGGGCUGGACGAUGUACGCACCGAGAUCCAGCGGCGGUUCUCGCCCCGCAGGCUGCCGGCCAAGGACUGA